UCGGCGAUUGCCCGCACGAGCCAGGCCCCACGUGGAGCUGGCGCUAGUUCAUUGAUCGCGCUCCCCCCGCAAAGCUGCUGCUGCUGCCGCCGCGGCGGAGCGGGCGGGGGCCGAGGCCGGCCGGGAGCGAGCGCGCGGGCAGCCCCCCGACUCCGGCCGCCCCCUCCGCGCUGGGUGCAGCCGCCCGAGUCCGUAGCCGUGCUGGAGCUGGCCGGCUUCCUUGGGCCUGGGCCCUGAGAGAGGAUCCCGUGACCGGAGUGGUGGAGUGAGAUAAAGCUGGGAUUGCAGGCCUGCUUCGCUCCAAAGAUGUUCCCGCAAAACCGCCCCCCGGCUCAUCUCCAGGCACCCGCCGUGGCUUCGGCAGCUGCCAGCACGGUUUCCACGACCCCUCAGUCCCUGAAACUGACCUACCCGGAGACCUUGGACCGGAUCAAGGAGGAAUUCCAGUUCCUGCAAAACCAAUACCACAGCUUGAAGUUAGAAUGUGAAAAACUGGCAACAGAAAAAACCGAAAUCCAGCGACAUUAUGUCAUGUACUAUGAAAUGUCCUACGGCCUGAACAUCGAAAUGCACAAACAGACGGAGAUCGCCAAGCGGCUCAACGUCAUCUGUGCCCAGCUCAUCCCAUUCCUGUCCCAGGAGCAUCAGCAGCAAGUGGUCCAGGCAGUGGAGCGAGCCAAGCAGGUGACUAUGGCAGAGUUGAACGCAGCAAUCGGGCAUCAGCUCCAGGCGCAGCACCUGUCCCACCACGCCCCUCCCAUCCCGCUGACCUCUCUCCCCUCCGGCAUGCAGCCCGGCAUCGGUGGAGCGUCUGGUCUGCUGGCUCUGUCCGGGGCCCUGGGAGCUCAGGGCCAGCUCCUCCCGAAGGACGACAGGGGACUUCACGACAGCGAGCACAGAGAGCGAGACCUGGGUCCCAGCUCCCUGGCGCUGCCCAACGGGGAGCGGGUGCGAGCCAUCUCGGAGUACCUGAGCAACAGCAAGAAGAGGAAGGCUGAGGAGAAGGACUUCGUCACGGACUAUGGCAGCGAUGCGGACAAGAGUGAGGACAACCUGGUGGUGGAUGAGGACCCCUCCUCCCCGCACAGCGUCCACUCGUACUCCUCCCGCGAGAACGGGGUGGACAAGGUCCCGUUGCAGCGGAAGGAGGCUGUACCGCUCAGUCCCACCUCCUUGGCCUCAUCCAGCAGCACCUCCCCAUCACGGAGCAAGGACCAGCCCACGGUGGAGAAAGCCGCCACUCCCGGUUUGAAGUCCAGCACCCCGACUUCCCAAGGAGACGCCACGGUGCCAGGCUCCAGUAGCAGCAGCGCCACCCAGCAGUUCCGCCCGGGGGCGGCAAAGCCCUCGGUGGAUUCGUUAGCUCUGGGCCUGAGGAACCCGCUGGCCAUGCAGAGCUCCUACCCGGCCGCCUUCGGCAUGGCGCACCCCUCCGUCAACGGCGACAUGGCCGGGGCUGGGGCCUACGCAGGGCUGCACCUGGUGUCCUCACAGCUCAACGGGGCAGCGGCGGCCGUGGGAGCCGCCGGCUACGGCCGUUCCCCUCUGGUCGGCUACGACCCGCACUGCCACAUGCGUGUCCCGGGGCUGUCGGCCGGCAUGCAGGCGGGGACCUCGGGCAAACCCGCCUACUCCUUCCACGUGAGCGCCGACGGGCAGAUGCAGCCGGUCCCCUUCCCUCCCGACGCCCUCAUCGGCACCGGCAUCCCCCGACACGCCCGCCAGCUCCACACCCUGACCCACGGCGAGAUCUUCUCGCUGGGUUACUGUCCCUCAGGGGAGUGGCUGGCCGUCGGCAUGGAGAGCAGCAACGUGGAGAUCCUGCACGUGGCCAAGCCGGACAAGUACCAGCUCCACCUCCAUGAGAGCUGCGUCCUCUCCCUCAAAUUCGCCUCCUGCGGUAAAUGGUUCGUGAGCACAGGGAAGGAUAACCUGCUGAAUGCCUGGAGGACGCCCUACGGAGCCAGCAUCUUCCAGUCGAAGGAAUCCUCCUCGGUCCUGAGCUGCGACAUCUCCACCGACGACCAGUUUAUCGUGACCGGCUCGGGAGACAAGAAGGCCACGGUUUACGAGGUCAUUUACUGAAAGGUGGCUGGACGUGGGGGAACCGGCCGGCCGGGCAUCUGUCCCAGCCCGCCACCUCUGCCCCAUGGACAAACAUCCACAGCAGUGAUUUUCCAAAGAACCCCUGGAAGGGAGUGGGGGUGUCGUCGGCAAAGCUGGAGAGAAGAGCAAAGUGGGGGACCCUUGGAGUUCCAGCCAGCGCCCCCUUCCAGUGAGGAAAUCGCUCUCGGCCCGAAGGGACAGCGUCUGCCUAGAGCCUGGGCGCGCUCAUUCUUUUGGGUUUUUAAUCUGAACACUGGGGGACUUUUUUUUUUUUAUGGCUGUACACUUUUUUUUUUUCCUUUUUUCUUUUUAAUGCUCCAGGCUGAGCUGGGAAGGAAGUGGCCACUCCACCCCUGGCUGUCUGGCUUCUAGGUUGUAUUUAAUAAAAAAAAACACCCGAACAAUCCCCCCCGA